AUUUUAAGUUUUUUAAAUGUCCUACUACAAGCCUUUUCACUAAAGUGCCUACGACCGCACAGUACCAGUAUACUCAUCAAGUUAAUAUGGUCCAGCAUACUAUGGCCCUUAUGAUCGUCCAUACUCUUAUUAAUCAAGAGCACCAAUGAGAGGGGAAUAAUGGUCUGAGUAUAUCCCUGUAGAGCAGAGAUACACUGAUUAUGUACCAGAGACAAAGAUUGAAUAUCGACCAGUGGAGAAAUCAUACACAGAUUAUGUAGAAGGUUUGAGAGAAAAAUAUAAAUUUAGUUAAACAUGAGACAGAUUAUGUACCAGUCCCUAGACUGGAGAAGAGAGUGGAAUAUAUUCCAGUUGAUAGAUAUGAUGAACAUGUCGAUUAUGUACCAGUUUAGAAUAGCCAUGUUGUAAGAGGACCUUAAAGUAGAGUUGGUUAUGGAAGUCAAUCUUAAUAUUUAGCACCACCUCCUCCUACAUCAUACUCAAAUUAUAGAUAUAGUCCAAGUAGAGUUAGUGGAUAUCGUCCAAAUGCAGGUUAUGGUUAUAGAUACCUUUGAUUAAUAUAUUAAUUUAUUGAUCCGUUU